CAUGACUUUAUUUUUGAAUAUUUCUGUGUGCAUGUGGUAGGGAAAACAUUGUUGUAUACUACAAAUUCAGUGUUUUGCUUAUAGGUUGGAGACUACAUGAGAUUUUGACAGAUGGCGGGAAACCCUCAUCAACUGGAGAUCAGCCGGUAGAGGAAUGUCUGCGACUAAGCCGAGGGCCACUGCAUAAGGAUUAUUGAUGGCAAAACAGGUUGGAGACUACAUGAGAUUUUGACAGAUGGCGGGAAACCCUCAUCAACUGGAGAUCAGCCGUAUAGGGAUGUUGUCAAGCCGGUGCCAAAAUCUGUUGCGACUGGCACAGAGGUCUAAGGCUGCCAUUGAAAAACAUCUUGCUGCUGCCGCCUCCACAGAUGUGAAUCCAUUUAAAUACCAAGACAUUCUUGAGUUAGAAAAGAAGCCAGAAAUAAAAUGGAGGAAACUUACAGGGGAUUUUGUGUCAUCUUUCGAGGUGAAAGGCCGCAAGUGUAUACAUGUGCAGCCUGAAGCCCUCACACUGAUAGCUGAGCAGGCUAUGAUUGAUAUUGCACAUCUACUUAGGCCUGCACACUUACAGCAACUGUCCAACAUCUUGAAAGACCCCGAGGCGUCCAGCAAUGACAAGUUUGUGGCCCUGGAACUACUGAAGAACGCCUCUAUAGCGGCCCACAUGAUACUGCCAGGGUGUCAGGAUACAGGCACUGCCAUAUGUGUGGGAAAAAAGGGUCAGUAUGUGUGGACGGAUGGAAACGAUGCUGAAGCCAUAUCUCGCGGUGUUUACAACACCUACACACAGAAGAACCUCCGCUACUCCCAGGUGGCCCCAAUGGACAUGUACAAGGAGGUGAACACACGGACCAAUCUUCCCGCCCAGAUUGAGAUCUAUGCCACGCAGGGUGGCCAGUAUGACUUCCUGUUCAUCGCCAAGGGGGGAGGCUCUGCCAACAAGACCUAUCUGUACCAGCAGACAAAGGCCUUACUAAACCCAGAGAAACUUAUGAAGUUUGUGGAUGAAAAAAUCAAGACCCUGGGUACAGCUGCCUGUCCUCCAUACCACCUGGCGUUGGUUAUUGGAGGUACAUCAGCAGAGUUCACACUGAAAACGGUGAAGCUGGCCUCCACCAAGUAUCUGGACACUCUGCAUACCACUGGUAACGAGCAUGGUAGGGCAUUCAGGGACCUAGCCCUUGAGUCACAGAUCCUUAAACUGACCCAGAAGAUGGGCAUAGGGGCCCAGUUUGGGGGCAAGUACUUCUGUCAUGAUGUGAGAGUGAUUAGACUCCCCCGCCAUGGGGCCUCUUGUCCAGUGGGACUUGGCGUUUCCUGCUCUGCUGAUAGACAGAUUAACGGAAAGAUCACAGCCGAGGGCGUGUUCCUGGAGCAACUGGAAACCAACCCAGACAAGUACCUGCCGGAGAUAGAGGCCAAGGACCUUGGAGGGGAGGUUGUCAAGGUGGACCUGAACCAGCCGAUGUCUCAAGUGCUGAAGCUCCUCAACAGCUACCCAAUCAAAACUCGCCUCAGUCUCACAGGGACCCUGAUAGUGGCGCGAGACAUUGCCCAUGCAAAACUCCAAGAGAGGCUAGACAAGGGGGAGGCAAUGCCAGAGUUCAUGAAGAAGCACCCUGUAUACUAUGCAGGGCCUGCUAAGACACCUGAGGGCUAUGCCAGUGGUUCGUUUGGCCCGACCACUGCCGGGCGUAUGGACAGCUAUGUGGAGACCUUCCAGGCAGCCGGGGGCAGUAUGAUCAUGUUGGCCAAGGGAAACAGAAGCAAACAGGUGACAAAUGCCUGCAAGAAGCAUGGUGGGUUCUACCUUGGCUCCAUCGGUGGCCCUGCAGCCAUUUUAGCACAGAACUGCAUCACAAAGGUGGAGGUGUUGGAGUACCCAGAGUUAGGCAUGGAGGCCAUCUGGAAAGUGGAGGUGAAAGAUUUCCCAGCUUUCAUUGUGGUCGAUAACAAGGGCAAUGACUUCUUUAAAGAGUGGCAGGUGGAGUAACUGUGAAGAGAGCCAGUUUGAAAUUUGAUCUACCGGUAUUUAAAUUUUGUGGGCAGUGAAUUAGCUAAACUCAAAGGCCAUGACAGUUAAAUUGUAAAUAAAAAAAGUGACUUUGCAAGGCUAUAUGGAUUAAUUAAUUUGGGUAAAGAAGCAACAAAGAUAAAGCAACUGAAAAAUGUAUUUGUUUCAUGAUUUUGUUGAUUAUUAAUGAAGUUAAUUAUUGUUCAGCUUCUUAUACAGAUAUGAGUUAUGUAUGGAUAAUAUAAUAACAUUCUUGUUUAUGGAUUUAUUAUAUGCUUCUAUUGU